AUGGCCUCAGAAAAACCCACCUACACCUACGAAGGCCUCACAGGAUGGAAGAGUCUGCGUCCACUGCGUCUUUUCCGGGGUAUGUACUACGAUGUCAAGCGUCGUCUGCCCUACUACCACAGCGACAUCACCGAUGCCUUCACCUACCGGACCGUGGCCAGUAUAAUCCGGAUGUACUUUGUCAACGUCCUCCCGGCUAUUGCAUACACGCUUGACAUGUACCGUCGGACAGGCCAGUUCUUCGGAAUCAAUGAAUCUCUGUUUUCGUCGGCCAUGGCGGCCAUGAUAUUUAGCAUUUUCGCAGCUCAGCCGUUGACUAUUGUGGGCAUCACGGGUUUGAUAUCCCUGUUUAACUAUACUAUUUUCGAUAUUGUGACGCGGUAUGAGCCUGCCAUCUAUGCAAACUUCAUGUGCUGGACGGCCAUUUGGGGUGCCAUUUUUCAUUGGAUCGUGGCUGCGUGUAAUCUAUGUGAUUAUAUGCGCUACGUCACCGACUUUUCGUCCGAGUCGUUUGGCAUGUAUGUCGGGAUUAUUUAUUUGAUCAAAGGAGUAGAAGAACUUGUCAAUGAAUUCAGUGAAGUAGACCGCACAGCCGGCUUCAUGAGCUGCAUGAUCGCUAUCCUCUACUUCCUUACCGUUUAUUCGCUCGAGCUUUUGGGGACAAGCACCGUCUUCCGACCCAUGAUUCGAACCCUACUUGCAGACUAUGCAUAUGUCUUUGCUACUAUAUUUUGGGUUGGGUUCUCCCAUAUCCCGGGUAAUCUCAAAGCCGCGGAUAUCUCCAGAGUACCCAUCUCAAAAGCAUUUUACCCAACCCAGCCGCGUGGCUGGUUGAUUCAUUUCUGGGAAUUGGACGUAAAAUGGGUAUUUGCUGCGUUGCCAUUCGGAUUCCUAAUCAUGCUCCUCUUCUACUAUGACCACGUACGUCUUCCAUCCCCUGUCUCAGCAGAAACUCAGUCUAAUCCAGACCAGAACGUCAGCAGCUUAACAGCCCAAGCCCGCCAAUUCCCCCUAAAAAAACCCGCUGGCUUCCAUUGGGACUUCUUCCUCCUCGGCAUCACCACCUUUAUCGCCGGCAUCACCGGCGUCCCUAUGCCAAAUGGCCUAGUCCCCCAAGCCCCCGUGCACACGGACUCGCUCACAAACUACCAAACAGAGCUCGAUAUUGUCUCGACGGCUGAAGGCGAGGGUGCGGAGAUUCGGAGGCCCAUUAUUAAACCCGUUAACGUUGUUGAGCAGCGCGUUUCGCAUUUCUUUAUGGGGUUGGGGAUUAUUGGGACGAUGACGGGGCCGUUGUUGAUUGUGCUGCAUACUAUGCCUGCAGCGGUGUUUGCGGGGGUAUUUUUUACGGUUGGAUGGGGGUCUGUUGGGGGUAAUGGAAUUGUGAAAAAGGCUAUUUUUCUACUGCUGGAAGACAGGUUCGUGGCUAGGGAUGAGCCGCUACGGACUGUCAAACGCAGCAAAAUUACCCGUUGGAUUGUGUGUCAGGUGUUCGGGGUCGCAGCUUGUGUGGCUAUCUCGCAGACUAUUGCGGCAAUCGGUUUCCCGGUUCUUAUCAUCGCGCUGAUUCCCUGGCGCGUGUGGAUCAUCCCAAAAUGGUUCAGCCAAGAGGAACUCGACGUCCUCGACGACUUGACAGCGAAUAAUGCCGCCGUGCUGGAGAGCAUGAGCGGACCUCCCAAUUUCCCCGGCGAACGACCUAGACGUCCAGAGGACAUCAACCUCCAGCGAAGACAUACAGAGCAUCAAAAGGGAGCAGAGAGACAGCGUGCUGCUGAUAUUCAUCGGUGA